GGCGGGCGUAGCGGUGCCGGAGCUCAGCUCUGCGCUGACAACUGGCUGCAGCCGGGCCGUUCUCACUUUCAUUUAGCCCAGCGCUCGAUGGAGGGGCGGACACGCCAGUGCUUAAUGCAGUCUAACUAGUGUAGGAAAACGCCUCAAUUCACCGCUGCCGAGAUGAAGUAUAAGAUUAUCCGGUUUGGCUACUUCAGGGAUCAUAACUAGAGAACGACCAAGCCUCCACGCAUUUUGAACUUACACGCAGCUCCAGCUCAGCCAGCUUAUAUUUAAGAUCUUGGUGUACACGUAUGUUGCAAAUGAGACUUCCUCCUGAUAGUUCUAAUAUGUCAAGAAUCUUAUGGCAAGGGCCUUAUACGACAAUGUCCCAGAAUGUGCUGAGGAGCUGGCCUUUCGCAAGGGAGACAUCCUGACUGUCAUAGAGCAGAACACAGGAGGACUGGAAGGAUGGUGGCUCUGCUCCUUACACGGUCGGCAAGGCAUUGUCCCGGGCAACCGGGUGAAGCUUCUGAUUGGCCCCGUGCAGGAGACCUCCUCCAGUCAGGACCCGCCUACUUCUGGACUGAUGCACCAGCCCUUUGGCCAACAGAAGCUCUAUCAAAUGCCAAACCCCCAGGGCACCCCUCGAGACACCAUCUACCAAGUGCCACCUUCCUACCAAAAUCAGGGAAUUUACCAAGUACCCACUGGCCAUGGUACCCAGGAACAAGAUGUGUAUCAAGUCCCACCAUCAGUGCAGAGAGGCAUUGCAGGGGCUAAUGGUCCCCACUUAAGUAAAAAGGUGAUCACGCCGAUGAGGACAGGCCAUGGCUAUGUGUACGAGUACCCAUCCAGAUACCAAAAGGACGUCUAUGACGUCCCUCCUUCCCAGACCGCUCACGGGGUGUACGACAUCCCACCGUCGUCUGUGAAAGGCCCCGUGUUCUCAGUUCCAGUGGGAGAGAUAAAACCUCAAGGGGUCUAUGACAUCCCUCCUACCAAAGGGGGAUACGCCCUUCCCCCCGCUGCCUGCAGAGAUGAGGCCGGCCUUAGGGAGAAAGAGUACGACUUCCCCCCUCCGAUGAGACACGCCGGCCGGCCCGACGGCAGACCCGAGGGCGUUUAUGACAUCCCCCCAGCCGGCACCAAGCCCCUGGGCAAGGACCUUCACACUAAAUAUAACGGCGACGCUGCAGGAGCAGCGGAGCUGGCGCCACGGAGACACCAAAGCGUUUCCCUGAGCCACCCGGCCCCGCAGGUGCGCCAGCCCGGGGGCUCCCACAGCGACGCCUACGAUGUCCCCCGGGGGGUCCAGUUCCUGGCACCGCCCGCAGAAACCAGCGAGAAGGCAAACCUCGAAGAGAGAGACGGGGUUUACGACGUGCCGCUGCCCAGCCCGCCGGACGCCAAAGGCCCCCAGGACGUGGUGGACGGCGUCAACCGGCUGUCCUUCUCCAGCACCGGCAGCAGCCGGAGCACCAUGUCCACGUCCUCCACCACCUCGAGGGAGUCCUCGCUGUCCGCCUCCCCGUCCCAGGGCAGAAGGCUCUUCCUGGACCCAGACACGGCCAUCGAGAGGCUCCAGCGGCUGCAGCAGGCGCUGGAGGUGGGCGUCUCGGGCCUGAUGGCGCUGGUCACCGCCGACUGGCGGGGCUACGGGUACAUGGAGCGACACGUCAACGAGGUCCGCGCCGCCGUGGACAGGGUGGAGCUGGCCCUGAGGGACCACCUGCACUUCGCCAAGGGGGCCACGGCCAACGCCGGCUGCCUGCCGGAGCUCCUCCUCCACAGCAAGCUGAAGCGGGAGCUGCAGCGGCUGGAGGACUCCCAUCAGAUCCUGAGCCAGACCAGCCGGGACUUAAACGAGUGCAGCUGGUCCCUGAACGUUCUGGCCGUCAACAAGCCCCAGAACAAAUGGGAUGACCUGGACCGGUUCGUGAUGGUGGCAAAGACGGUGCCAGACGAUGCCAAGCAGCUGACCACGACCAUCAACACCAACGCGGAGGCCCUCUUCCAGCCGGGCCCCGGCAGCUCGCACGGGAAGGGCGGGCCUGAGAGCAUCACGAGCUCCGCCGCACACGCCGGCUCCCAGGUACAGCCGCUGCAUCCCGGGGACCACAGGGCUCCAGCCCUCAACAAGCCACUGCCCCCAAGCCUGGGCAAGGAGCAGCCCCCUGACUGUAGCAGCAGUGAUGGCUCUGAACGGAGCUGGAUGGAUGAUUACGACUACGUCCACCUCCAGGGUAAGGAGGAGUUUGAGAGACAACAGAAGGAGCUCUUGGAAAAAGAAAAUAUCAUCAAACAGAACAAGAUGCAGCUGGAACAUCAUCAGCUGAGUCAGUUCCAGUUGUUGGAACAAGAAAUCACAAAGCCCGUGGAGAACGACAUCUCCAAGUGGAAGCCCUCCCAGAGCCUCCCAAGCACCAGCAGCGGCGUGGGCGCUCAGGACAGGCAGCUGCUGUGCUUCUACUACGACCAGUGUGAGACCCAUUACAUCUCCCUCCUCAACGCCAUCGACGCUCUCUUCAGCUGCCUCAGCUCGGCACAGCCCCCGCGGAUCUUCGUGGCGCACAGCAAGUUCGUCAUCCUCAGCGCCCACAAACUGGUGUUCAUCGGAGACACGCUGACAAGGCAGGUGGCCGCCCAGGACGUUCGCAACAAAGUGAUGAACUCCAGCAACCAGCUCUGCGAGCAGCUCAAGACCAUAGUUUUGGCGACCAAGGCGGCCGCGCUCCAUUACCCCAGCACCUCCGCCCUGCAGGAGAUGGUCCACCAGGUGACCGACCUGUCCAGGAACGCGCAGCUCUUCAAGCGCUCUUUGCUGGAGAUGGCGACAUUCUGAGAAGAGCAGCAAAAGAUGGACUGACUUGGAUUACUGAGGAAAACUGGAAAUACUCUCUGGUUUUUGUAAAUUUUAUCUAUUUUUGUAGAUAUUUUAUACGAAAGUGAAAUAUUUUAACAGUUGAUGGGCUAGACGACAUUCAGAAAUUCAGGGAACUCUAGGGGGAACUUUUCUUUUCCUGCGUGGUUCUUGUGUACACACCUAAGCAUCUAAGACGUAAACUGUACAGAAUCCUGUCCGUGUGUGUGUAUGACUGUGUGUUCAUGUUCGUUCGUAGACGUUUGUCUGAUACAUUCCAUUGAAAACCAUGAAUUAAGAAGCACCUUAGUAAGCACCUCCUAAUGCUGCAUUUUUUUUUUAGAAAACAUACCAGCUGGUUGUAAUAUUGCUCUACAUAUACUAGCGAUUAUUCUGAGCCUGUCACUCCCAAGUCUGGGAAGCAUAGUAUAUUUGCAGGUGUGUACCCUCCAGUAAGGAGGCGUGCUAUGCCUUGUUUUUGUUUUUGAAACCCCUUCCAAAACUGGCUGUCUUGGGCACGUUAUUGCAAGAUGCCUCACUUCUGGUUGAAAAAGCCCUCUUAGAGAGAAAGUUUCAGAAAGUAUAUGUUAAUCCACACUCUGACAUGUUAGGUGCUGGAGGAGUGACACAUGUACUUAGAGGCCGUGUCCCCAUUUAGGGUUGUUUCAGCAUGGAGAGGACGUGUUUCUGCCCGGCUUUUUGAUCAUUGGCAUUUAUGAGUGACUUGGCCAGGCAAUUUUCCAAAGGAUGUUUUUAGAUUUGCAAAAUGUAUUAUUUGCAGCAGGAAUUCAUAAAGACACAUCAGACUAUGAGCAUCCACAAAAGGAAGGAUGGUCCCAUCUGCCAGUUGUAAGUAGGGGCCUUUCUGACUCUCAGCAUUCCCUUAGGUGCUACCACCCCAUUACCUGAGGGAAACCGGCCAGUUCCUUGAUCACCUAAACAUUAGAGCCGCCAGGCCACAUCCCACUCUAAGAGAAUCCGAUGCUUGAUCCUGUACCCUCCCUAAAACACGCACAUGCAGACCCGGCACUCAGAGCAGCUGUAUGGAGCCCAUCUAGGCGUUACAGCUCUGUCUGGCCAAUGACCCUGUGCACACGGCCCACCACCGUCUCCCAGCUCGGCACAGCAUCCGUCCAUUCCAUAGUCUGUCCUCUCGUACCUGCCGGGGUUGGCACAGCACAAACACACCACAAGCCAUCAGAUUCAUCACACUUCUUACCCGGGGGGGGUAAAUGUAGUUGUAUGUUACCAAGUCAAGAAGCAAAUUAUGGUUUAUCAAUCAGUCCAGUUUUUAUUUAAUGAUGCUAUUCCAGCCGAUCGGAAAACAGUUUGGUUUGCAAUACAUGCCUUGACUUAAUUGAACUUGCUUGUUUCAGACAACCAAAUCAUUGGAACAGUUGGAACAGGAAAGGAUUUAGGAGAGAAGGAUGCAUGAUCUAAGUGGGAUACAAAAUAAUCAGUGAAACUUACCCUAGAAGUGCUUUUCAGAACCACCGCUCUUGUAGUUCUUGACGUUCUGCUCUGCCAGAAGAAGCUGUAUUGUUACAAGAAAGAAAGUGUGCGAAGGAAGAAGGAGGUUGCUGAAAAUCAACGAAGAAGAGGUUGAAAAGUGUCCUUGUAGAUUUCAUUGUAUAAUGUGCAUUUCCUAGGAGAUGACAGACUUGAGCAAAGUGGUGACAUUUCACGUUUUCCAAACCAAAAUGUUCAAUCUGUAUUACUCUCUUUCCCACAUUGUAUAUACAGGCUAUUUUUAAAUCAUUAAAAUUUUAGAUGUCUGUUUUCAUAGGCAUUGGGUUUUCUUUUUCACUAUUUCUUUUCUUGUCUCAAAAUUAAAUAUUAGCUUAUUUUGGCACUCCUAAUAUAGAAAGUUAAAUUAUGGUGAUUUUAUCAAUAUUAUAGAUCUGGAUUUUUGAGUAAAAUUGAGUGUUAUUUUUUCAUUUUGCGUCAUGUCAUUUUGCAUCAUUUAAAGAAAAUUCUGGAAUUUGUGAACAUUACCAAACCUAAAUAUCUGGAACAAAGCUGCUCUUCACCAGAAAGCCUAUAUAUUUAAAUGACGGGUGGAAUGAUUUCUGCUAUCAUAAUAUCGAUGUUACUAUUCACAUGGUUUUAGAAUCAAAGGGAAUUGCUCGAUUCAUUCUGGAAUGGACAUCAAGAAAUAUUUAAAAGAAAACUAUAUUUGAUGAAAAUAAGAGAUUCGUAACCACAUAAAUUAUUUUUAAUGCUUGGCCCACUCUUUCACUCUGGUAUCCUACUGAGAGUUACAGAUAAAGUAUCUGAAUAUACCUUGCAUUUACCUUUUUCCCACAUCUAUAAACAUUUUCAAAGAAAGUGUCAAGGCACUUCUUGGGAAAUGGAAAGUCUUUUGAAAAAAUGGCACUAGAACAGCUAGAUCUCUCCAUGGAAAAAGAAUGAAUAUUUACCUUACAUCUUACAGAAAAAUUAACUCACAUGGAUCAUAGCCCUAAACGUGAAACUUAAAACUCUCACGCUUCUAGAAGAAAAUACAGGGGAAAAAUCUUUGUGAUCUUAGGAAGACAAGGGUUCCUUAGGUAGAA